GUACGCCACCUUCGCGGGCAGCGGGCAGGCCUAAAUCCUCUGCGAUUUUACGGCGCCGUCACACUUGGCCUCUUUCACAGCGAGCUCGAAUUUACCUGUAGAGGAAAAACGCUGCCCGGGUCGCCUCUAGUAUAGUGGCGCAGGCGAUGGAGAGGAGCGAGGGCGCAUAGGGCUUUUGUCCAGCGCCAGUGAGUGAGAGCUUCGCGAGUGCGGCUAGGGUUUUUCGGGGCGAUCUCUAGAACACCAUCGCGGUGGCGGAGCAGCCUAGAGGUAGGCACGGUCAAUCUCCAGCUCCAUUGCGCCGCUGCGAGGAAUCGCGCACAGGGUUCUGCCGGGAUCGAUCGAUUCCGGGGCUUUUGGGCCAUGCUCUAGCAGGUACUCUGGAUCUCUCUCAUUGCGGGGCAAAGGAUUGGAUGUGUGACUGAUAGAGCGGAAAGAAUGAAGAGCAAAGGGAGAGGGAAGCCGCGGAAGCGGGCAAAGGCCGAGGAUGUGGCCGACCUCGUCAAGACGGAGAUAGAUGCCGCCGAGGCGCUCGCAGAGUUUAGUAAGCAAGUAGUGGUGGCUCGAGACGACGAUUCUGGCAUGAAGCUCCAGUGGCAGAGAAAGCGCAAGAGAUCUACAAAGUAUGGGAUGGAGUCGUCCAGCAGCAGUAUGUUGGUGGCCUCCAACAGCGCUGUGGAUUUCCCACUCGUCAAGGACGAGUACCCUUCGGACAGUGAUAAGGAACGCGGUGGUGGUAGCCUUCCUUUGGUGACUUACAACAGGUUUGACACUUCCGAGGAUUCCCUGGAGCCGGGCUUUCGGGCUGAGAGCCCGAGCUCACCACUUCCGCCUCUUGGAACCGAGGGAUACUCGGCCUACGUCAAGUCGGAGGCGGGGCUGGUCCAGCAAUGCGCGUUCAAGUCAUCGCUGGAGUUUGAGGAGAAGCCAAAGGCAAUCUCCUGGAGCAAGCUCCGUGGGAUGAAGCAGCCAAAGCUGGAGGACGCGAGGUCGAGUUUCCAUGCAAAGGAUAGACGAAUGAGUUCUACGCUAGGAUGCGGUAAAGGACGGUCUGCCAGAGCCGUGUUAACCGAGGAGGAGAAAGAGAUCCGCAGACUUCGACGAAUAGAAGCAAAUCGGGAGUCCGCACGUCAAACCAUACGCCGAAAGCAGAAAAUGUGUGAAGAGAUGACGUUGAAAGCGAACGAGCUUUCUUCAGCAAACGAUCGAUGUAGGAAGGAAAUCGAAGCGAUCCGCGAGGAAAACCGGCGUCUGUAUGAAGCAGGCUGUUCUUUACGAAAGCAGCUUGCCGACAAGUACAUAGAGCUCGGCACCUCCUUCCCAGUUCUUCCGACUUUAGAGGACGAAUCCAAGUGUGCAAGGAAGCCGGAUGGAUUCAAGGAAGCGAUCACUGAGACUGUCCAAGUUAACAGGCAGGAUGACAACAUAGAAUUGGUGGAGUCACAAACCUCACACUCCACAGCAGCAGUGGCUCGCACGAAUCAAACAGCGGCGCCGUUGCUUACAGUGGAACGCUAUACAACAAUGGUUCCUCCAAGAUUUUAUAGUUUCCCUUAUUCAUUUUACACGGGGCGAAAAGAUGCGCUAGCAGCAGCUACGGCAGCUCAGGCCCGGCGACGAAGAAAAGAGCUGACGAGAAGCAAAAAUCUGCUGGCCAGGCAAGUUAGCCUUAACUCUUGAUACUUUGAUCAUCUUUCCUCUCAAUUUUCUUCUUUCAUGAUUUUUUUCUUAUCCUUUUUUUUUCAUCAACUCUGAGUUGAUAGAUAUGGUUUGAAAAGCAAUUAUUUUCAUGUGACACCCCAAAUUGUAUUCUUUAUACGCUAUAAUCUUGAAAGCAUGGUUGAAUUU